UGAUUCAUUUGAUUGUGAUUUUCAAAUAAUCAAAUGUCUGAAAGAUCAUAGUGUCAAAGAUGGCAUUAUUUGCUCGCGAGAACAUUUAAAGUUCAUGUUCGGCCUUUUAAAAAGAAAUCAUGGCAGAAUUCGCCGGCCUGGAUAACGGAUCGAAACAUACAGAGAAAGAUAAUAGACCAGACCUCGGUACGAACCAAGAAAUUAAACCAAUUGCGACUCCCGAUGUUCAGGCAGAAGAAACUUUGUCGAAGAGGAAACGAAAGCGCCUGCUCAAACAUCAACAAUGGCUGCAGAGGAAAGAAAAGAAAAAGUUGGAAAGGAAGGAGAGGUUAAAAAAAGCUAAAGAAGAAGGGUUACCAGGACCUAAGUCAAGGUCUUCAAGACGGAAAGGGAUCAAGAAAAUGGAUUGUGAUGAGGCUUUACCUGUGAGGAUUGUCAUUGACAUGUCAUUUGAAGCCUUCAUGGAUGACACUUCAAUUAAGAAGCUUUUAAAACAAGUGAAAUCCUGCUAUGCUUUGAAUAGGAAAGCCCCUAACCCUGUACAGCUUUAUUUAACCAGUUUUGCGGGUAAUAUCCAAUCGAUUACCGAGGAAAUCUACAAAGAAUACAAAAAUUGGGAUAUUCACGUUCAAAGUAAAGGAUACCUUGAUGUCUUCAAGAAAGACGAUGUUGUCUAUCUUACAUCAGACUCCGAUAACGUUUUAAAAGACAUUGACCUGACGAAAGCCUACAUUAUCGGCGGUCUUGUGGAUCAUAACCAUCACAAAGGAUUGUGUCAUAAAAUUGCUGUGGAAAAUCACGUUAAUCAUGCACAGUUACCAAUCGGUAACUUCGUCAAAUUGCAGUCUAGAAAUGUACUGACAGUUAAUCAUGUGUUUGAAAUCAUGCUCAAGUAUCUUGAAACGAAAGACUGGCAACGUUCUUUUUAUGACGUCAUUCCUAAACGCAAAGGAAUUUCUUUGGUAAAUGUGGACAAUGAGGAACGCGAGGAACAAGUGGGUGAAAAUGUUGUAGAGUAGGGUGAAUCAAGCGCGCACAUACAAUUGGUUGUGUUUAGAUAACGGGUGGUUUUUGUGUGGAAAUUGGACACUCGAUCGUGCCAGUGCAUCUAGUCUUUUGGGUUCAAAGUGAAUGUUUUGCGUAAUGCGUAUCUCAUCUUUGUCCAGGUUGAAUUCCUGUUGCUCCUAUAUAUUUUAUGAAGAGCUUUUCAAAGCUCUAACGAUGGCAUAUUUGCGAGCUUUGUACCGAGGGCGGAUUAUCAAGGCACCAUUUUUGCUGCGCUUUUCGGUCGUGGAUCGUGUUUACCAGUGUGAAGACUUGGUUUAACUAACAAAGUGUGUUUACCCUUGACAAACUUUUGCACAAUGUGGGUAAACAUCUACUCGUGUUCAGUCGCUUAUCAUGUGAUUCAUGUCAGAGAACCUAUAUAAUGCAUAAGAAAGACAACGGGUUGCGUAAAAUUAAAGUUAUACACAUGCUAAACGAGUUUGCCUGUUCACUAUAAACGAACGCUGAAGACUAAACAAGACUUAGGAGAACCACAAUCUUAAGAAGCUAUACUUAUAGUGCAGCAGACCUUCGCAGAGGGUUCUAGUGCCACUUUCUAAGCUCGCGUGAUGCUUAUUAUUCGAGAAUAUUGGGCAUAAAUAAACGAAGAUUAAAUUUAGAUGUAAUAAACCCUUCGAUUAAGCAUUAUUUUCCUAAAAAAGCAGAUCCAAAAGUUGAAAUGCGUGUCCUUUCCAAUGCUCUAGGACAUGCAGAUGCGGGCCAAAAAUUCUCAAGUCACAGUCUUGAGUACUUUGCACUGACAAAAAUAAUCGCUUUAUUGAACAUGAGGUCGAAUUUUUGAAACGCAUGUCAAUUUACUUCCUAUUAAUUUUCUUAAUUUAGAUUCUAAAGGCUAUAAAAGCAGCAUAAAUUAACGGAAAAUUAAAUUUUGAAUAUGGAAAUAAAUCUUGUUUCCAUGUCUCACGUCGAACUGACUUAACAUACUCAAUUUUACAAAUGUCCCAUGAAUGUAUAUACACAAAUAAAUUCAGGAGCUGUCCAGCCAUCAUAUUGUUUUAAAUCAUAGCUAUAUAUCUAUUAAUUUUAUCAAUUUUAUUUAGAGCUUAUUGAGGAAAUGUUUCCGCGAUAUUAAUUUCCUUCAAAGCACAGCUAUAUCUAAAUCUAAUCAUUUCGUCAAUCAUUUUCACACUUUAUUUAGGAAAUGUUCCCGCCAUGUUUGUUUUAAAACUUUAAAUCAUAGACAUGAAUAAAAUGGUCACAAAUUUAGGAAAUGAUUUUUAGUAUAGAUAAUAAUAAAUCACAUCAUUCAGCGGGCAAAAUAUAGUGAGAUAAAAUAAAAAUCCAAGUCUGUAUUUAGGUCGUAAUAAAUUACAUCAUUCAGCACAUGUACAAUAAAAUUUCCUAUAAAGUAU